AUGUGUCCCGGUGCCGACUCGGAGCCCAAUGGGCAAACCAAUGGUGCCAAUGGUCUAGAGGGUGAACACCCCGGCUUCACUGGCAUCGAGACCCGCCAGAACCCCCACCCAUCCGUUUCGAGGAAUCCCUACGGCCACAACGUCGGCGUCACCGACUUCCUGAGCAAUGUCUCGCGCUUCCAGAUCAUCGAGAGUACCCUGCGCGAGGGCGAGCAGUUCGCGAAUGCCUUUUUUGAUACCCAGAAGAAGAUCGAGAUCGCCAAGGCUCUGGACGAGUUUGGCGUGGACUACAUCGAGCUUACUAGCCCCUGCGCCUCGGAGCAGUCGCGCCUGGACUGCGAGGCCAUCUGCAAGCUCGGCCUGAAGGCCAAGAUUCUUACUCACAUUCGUUGCCAUAUGGAUGAUGCCCGGAUCGCUGUUGAGACUGGUGUUGACGGAGUCGACGUUGUCAUCGGCACUUCUUCUUAUCUCCGUGAUCACUCCCACGGCAAGGACAUGACCUACAUCAAGAACGCCGCGAUCGAGGUCAUCGAGUUCGUCAAGUCCAAGGGCAUUGAGAUUCGCUUCUCCAGCGAGGACUCGUUCCGCUCUGACCUGGUCGACCUUCUGUCGAUCUACUCCGCCGUGGACAAGGUUGGCGUGAACCGUGUUGGUAUCGCCGACACCGUGGGCUGCGCUUCUCCUCGCCAAGUCUACGAGCUCGUCCGUGUCCUGCGUGGUGUUGUGGGCUGUGACAUUGAGACUCACUUCCACAACGACACCGGCUGCGCCAUCGCCAACGCCUAUUGUGCUCUGGAGGCGGGUGCCACCCACAUCGAUACCUCGGUUCUGGGUAUUGGCGAGCGUAAUGGUAUCACCCCGCUGGGUGGUCUGAUGGCCCGCAUGAUGGUCGCCGACCCCGACUACGUCAAGAGCAAGUACCGCCUGGAGAAGAUCAAGGACAUUGAGGAUCUCGUGGCCGAGGCCGUCGAGGUCAACAUCCCCUUCAACAACUACAUUACCGGAUUCUGUGCCUUCACCCACAAGGCCGGUAUUCACGCCAAGGCCAUUCUCAACAACCCCAGCACCUACGAGAUCAUCAACCCGGCCGACUUCGGCAUGACCCGUUACGUGCACUUUGCCUCGCGCCUGACUGGCUGGAACGCCAUCAAAUCCCGGUCGCAGCAGCUCAACAUUGAGAUGACCGACGACCAGUACAAGGAGUGCACGUCCAAGAUCAAGGCUCUGGCCGACAUCCGCCCCAUUGCUGUCGACGAUGCCGACAGCAUUAUCCGUGCCUACCACCGCAACCUCAAGUCGGGCGAGGACAAGCCUUUGAUGGACCUGACUGCCGAGGAGCAGGCCCAGUUUGCCGCCAAGGAAAAGGAGCUGGCAAUUGAGGCCCAGGCCCAAGCUAGCAAGAUCGCCUAA